GUGAGGCCAGUUUGACCUCGAAUAACACUGAUCACCUUUCAAUCAACACCUUAAAUGCAGCCAAUCCUAUGAAUUCUAACAAAGAUGAUGCCAGUGUUUCGGUAAGCCUGAGCGAAAAGAAGAACCACAUUGAUAACAUUCCAGAAGAAGAGUCCUUGUUUAUGAUGGACUCAGCCUUAGCUAACAACACGGUAUCAGCAGACUCGGAGGGCUGGGACAUGGAGUGUUACAAUGGAGAUGCCACAAAAAGUGAGAGUGGUGAGACCAAACUUCUACUUCAACCAGCCAGCCACAAACGGGAAAUUGAAGCUAGUAAUAGUGGCAACAGUGUGAAUUACCAGACAGUUGUCUGACCUCUUUCUCUCUCUGUAUAUUUUUUUCUCGGUACAAAGAGAGGGAACUGGACUGGAAAAUCUCGUUGUGUGUAUCAUGUAUAUAGUUAUGAGUAUAAGAUAUAUAUAUAUAAAUAGUUAUAUUGAUAUAUAUAUUUAGAGUACCCCCCAUGUAAAAAAUGCAUUUAGUGCCACUGUAUGAAAAUGUCAUAUGCCUGUAUAUUUCAGAGCCAAAAAUUUCUCUUUUCUCAGGACUUUCCUCUAGGCCUUACUCUGUAGAUUGUUGUGGUGUCACUACUGGUGGCUGGACUCUUAUCACUUAAAUGUAAACUUAUCCAAUGCACCAUGAAGUGUUAGUUUUUAUAUAGAGAAUGUGUCUUACUUUCAUAUUUGUAAGAUAUUGCAUAGUUCUCUCACUAUUUGUAAGUUCCACCGUCUUUCACCUGUUGAAAUUAGUGCACAUGUCCUAGUGGAGAAUUGAAUAUUUGAGUUCAGGAGGAUUGUUAAUUUCUUUAUAGAAGAGGAUAAGGUUAUUAAAGUUAACAUUUGACAGUGAUACUAAAAAUACACUAAUAGAUUUAGGAGGAUCAAAUUAUUUGCAGUAUGGUUGUCAUUCUGAUUGUUAUUUUGCUACUUGCAUGGUGGAGACGGUAAAAAUAGUGGGGAGCUCCUGGUAAUAAUAUACUUAUAGAAUGGAAGAAGUAAACACUUGAUGGUUGAUGGUAAUUCUGAAUGAUACACUUAUAGAAUGGAAAAAUAAACACUUGGUGGUUGAUGGUAAUUCUGAAUGAUACACUUAUAGAAUAGAAGAAGUAAACACUUGGUGGUUGAUGGUAAUUCUGAAUGAUACACUUAUAGAAUGGAAGAAGUUAACACUUGGUGGUUGAUGGUAAUUCUGAAUGGUACACUUAUAGAAUGGAAAAAGUAAACACUUGGUGUUUGAUGGUAAUUCUGAAUGAUACACUAUGAGAAUGAGAAAGUAAAUACUUGGUUGGUGGUAAUUCUGAAUGGUACAGUUUUAAAUUGGAGUGAAUAAACAGUUGGUAAUUGAUGGUAAUAACACCCUAUGAUACAUUACUAAUGUGCGAUGUAUCAUGUUCAUAUUCAGAAUUACUUUCAGUGAAUAAGAAAGUGCUUGGUAAGGUGGAUUAUAAGUGCAUAUACAGUUUUGUCUGUUUGAAUCCUGAAAUCUAAAACCAAUGGGAUUAGUGGUGUAAGUUCUUGAUACCAUACUUGUUCUUAAAAGAUUUACAUGGUUAAGUUCUACUCUUAGUGGGUGAUAAGUUAGGGGAAACGUAGCUUGAAAUGUUUACAUAUACAUGAUACAAUAACUUAAUCUACAUUUAAAAACUCUUGUACCUGAGAUUAUAUUGUCGUGACUGAGGGAAUAUUUGACAAAUUGUACACUGGGAAUAUAUUCUUGUUGAUAGAAUAUAUUACUGGCAAGUCAUAAACAUAGAAUUUUGAUUUUUUUAUUUCCUCGCUGGUAACAACUUGUUCAUAAUUAGACUGUGUGUAUUUUAAUUUGUUAGUGUCUGAUUUUUUUAACAAACCUUCUUAUGAAACAAAUUUUGUUCACACACAUUAUAAACUGAGGCAUUGAGUGUAUUCUGAGUGCCUAAAUGUAAACCUCCAGGUUUUCAAAACCUUUUAAAAAAUUAAGAAACGUACAGUUUAUGAAGUUUGUAAAGUAUAAUGGAUCACAUUAGUGAAACAGACAAAAAAAAAAAGAAACUUUGAAACAGUAAUAUUCACUCUAUAGCUCUGCUACUGUGAUCUCUGUGUGAUUGUUAGUUUGAAUGUGUAACUAAGAAUUCAUACUAUAGCACUGUUAACAUGUGAUUUAUCUGUUGUUGCUGUUUUCAAAAGUGUAACAAAGAAUUCACUCCAAAGCACUGGUAACAUGAUCUGUUUGUUGUUGUUAGUUUGAGGUGUAUAACAAAGACUUACUCCAAAGCACUUGUGACAUGAUCUGUUUGUUGUUGUUAGUUAGAAAAAUGUAACUACGAAUUCACUCCAUAGAACUAGUAACAUGACUUCUCUGUUGUUGUUAGUUUGAAAUGUUUAACUAAGAGUUCACUCCAUAGAACUAGUAACAUGACUUCUCUGUUGUUGUUAGUUUGAAAUGUUUAACUAAGAGUUCACUCCAUAGAACUAGUAACAUGACUUCUCUGUUGUUGUUAGUUUGAAAUGUUUAACUAAGAGUUCACUCCAUAGAACUAGUAACAUGACUUCUCUGUUGUUAGUUUGAAAUGUUUAACUAAGAAUUCACUCCAUAGCACUGCUAACACGACUUCUCUGUUAUUGUUAGUUUGAAAUGUUUAACUAAGAGUUCACUCCAUAGCACUACUAACACAACUUAUCUGUUAUUGUUAGUUUGAAAUGUUUAACUAAGAGUUCACUCCAUAGCACUGCUAACACGACUUCUCUGUUAUUGUUAGUUUGAAAUGUUUAACUAAGAGUUCACUCCAUAGCACUGCUAACACGACUUCUCUGUUGUUGUUGUUAGUUUGAAAUGUUUAACUAUGAGUUCACUCCAUAGCACUGCUAACACGACUUCUCUGUUGUUGUUGUUAGUUUGAAAUGUUUAACUAUGAAUUCACUCCAUAACACUGCUAACUUGAUCUGUUUUUAAUUUGAAACAUGUAACUAAUAAGUCACGUCACAGUACUGCUAACGUGAUCCAUCAGUUGUCGUUAGUUUGUUUUAUGGCCUUGUUAAGCCUACUUUUAAGGAACAUAAUUAUAUUAAAUAUAGUAGUUCAUAAUUUCAACAGUUAUUUUGAGAAGCUUUUCCUACUGAACAUUAGCAAACCCUUAGUAUUGCACUUUUAAAUGUUUUUACUAUGAAACUUGUUGCCAAAAGAGAGAAGUUCAAUAAAAGCUUGAAGAGGAAGAUGGACACACCUGUUGAAAUCAACAUUUUUUUUAAAUCCCCCUUUUUUUUCGUUCUUCUGCACAUUUCUGUUAUAAGUAAGUGGUUAGAGCAAUCUAUGUACUCUAAGUAAAAUAAAUGUAACAACUGCAUUAAUAUUUCCAGCAAUUUUGGAAGAUUCACGAUUUAUUUUAAAUUGUUUGAAAUUCUGGGUGUGUAUCAAAACUUUUAGUAGGUUUUAAUAAUCAACUCUCAGGUGAAAUGUGGUAUAAACCUUAAGUUUUUAGACCUAAUUAAACUAGGCUUAGAAUAUGGUACAAGUAGUUAUAAGGUACUUAAUUCAAACAAAUGGUAUAGAUAACAAAAUAUGCUUAGUUAAGCCAUGUAAAAAUAGUCCAGAGAUACUUUAAUGAAAUGCUCUAUGUGAAACUAAAGUUUUUAGAAGUGUAGUUUGAACUUAGCCUUUGUGUGAUAAUAUCCACUUUUUUUCUGGCUAAAUGUAUGGAACUCAGGCAAGUAUACUAGCUUAAAUAGUCACAUUAUACAGUCUGAAAGAUAGUCAAGAACGUCCAGCUAUAGUACUUUUUUUACUUGUUCAUAAGCCUAACUGUUGUGUGCAUAUCUCGAAUGCUUGUGCAAAGUAUGUAGAACAGUAUAAUUCAGAUAUUUUCCAAUUGGAGUAAAAAUAAUAGAAAUUAUCAGUUUUCACUGGUGUAAGUAAACAGGUAUCUGUUGCACGUCAUUCACUUGUUACUUCCAUUCGUAAUUGGUGUUUUACUGCACAAUGAAGAUCCCACAGAAUACAUCUAGAGGCUUAUUAAGCAGCGCUCAUGUUGUUUGGAUUGUCAUAUUUAGCGGACUGAACUUUUAGGCCUAGCUUUUAGUCUAAUUACUUCAUUGUAAGUGUGCCAGACUGGUAGUAUUUAUAAUCGUGAUAGCCAUUAUUUAUUUCUAUUAGAUUCACUUUUAAAUCACAUAACACCUUCAGCGCUAAUUACUCACAAUGUUUCUUCCUCAGAAUGGUUGAGAGAGAUCUCUAACUUGACUUUAUUUUCGGAACCUAGUUGUGACAUGCUUCCAAGGACCUUAAGGUAAACUUAACGUGUCUCUAUUGUCAUAACUUUUAACACUUGUCUAGAAUAAUUGUUUUGUUUUUUUUACCUAAUGUUUUUAAUUUUCUUGUGGGAUGUAAUUAAACAUAGUGAUUUUUCUAUAUAUCUCCCGCUAGUGGUGUUAUCUAAUGGAAGUUAGUGUGAAAUACCUCUUAUAAUACUUUAGUGUAAGACACAGUUAUUGGUUGAAUUAUCUGUCAGUUUUACUAAAGACUCGAAGAAGACUGAAGAGUAUUGUAUAAGUAACUUUACAGUACAGUAAUAUUAGGCUUAAAGUAACCACAUUACAUAUAUAACAGUCAGAUUUGGUGUUUUUUUUUCUUUUGUCAAAAAAAAAAGAAACUUACAACUCUCAUUUAUUGAUAAGACAAGUUGUAUAUAUAUUUUGUUGUUGUUUUCUUGCAUUAAGGACACGUCUACAGUUACUAAGAUUCCAACACUUCAAAUUUUUCCAUUUCACGCACAUCCAGAAUCCCCUUUUUUAUUACAUUUUAAUAUUGGAAGUACUUAAAAUUACUAAAAGAAAUAUAAUCUGCAUAAAAUGUUACAGUUUUCUCCAUUUCAAUAUUUGCAAAGUGUUUCAGUAUCCUAUUUCAAAGUUAUUGUCUCUAUCUCACUGGGCCAUAAAAGUAGGAAACAACUUGACAUACAAGUCAACCCUAUAUUUAGAUACUGCUUCUGUUGUAGAUCACAGUUCAGUCUCACUGGAGAAGAAAAUAGUGAAUUAAAGAGCAGUGUUUCUCAAACGGUAGGUCGCGAGCAGGUUUCCAGAAGGUGGGGGGGGGGGGGACUGUGUGCGCUGAGUCAACAUUUUUUGAGUCCUCGAGGUGCACAUAUUAUUUGUUAUGAACUGUGACGAACUGCGCCAAGAAACAUCAAUAUUUUUUACAUCCUUGUAGAGAUAAUAGGGGUCGCUACGACCAAAGCCCGGACGCGGAAGUCGUUUGGUAAAUCCUGCUGAGAAACACUGUCUCGUAGGUAUCAUGGGGUAACAACUUGGUGUAUAAGCCAACUCUGUUUAAAUUCACAGAAAAAAAAAUGUUUUUUAAUAAUAUUUUAGAAUUAUUUUAAUUUAAUUUGUGAACACAUUUCGAUGUGUAUUUAAGAGUGAAACUGAGGACUGUUUUUUUUAUGGAAAAGGAAACAAGAAACUACAAAUUUCAUGGGAUGUACUCUAUCAUUACAUUAUACACUCAACACUUGAGUUAGUGAUCAUGUUACUUCAAAAUACUCGUGUCUUCACUGUAAUUAACGUCCUACCUUUUAAGCAUUACGGUUUUAAUUUAAAAUUUUCUAUUUUGCGAUCUCUACACAGUGGCGUAACUAUGCUCCUGCAACUGCAUGGGGACCGAGCCAAAAGGGGUGCCUAAAUCAGCCAGAAUCGUAACUACAAUUAUAGGGAAAUGUAGGGGGCCAAAUUACUUUUUAUGAGGGGAGAGGCCCAUCUUUUGUAGUUACGCCACUGUUCCUACAUCUAAUUAGUAACCACCAGAUCCUGUAUACUAUAUUACUGUCUUCCAUUCUUGUGCCAUAUUUCGCCUCAUUACAACCGAAAAGUUUCAGUACUAAAAGAGGUCCCCCUGAAAUUUCGUUUCUAAAUAUGGUUGCCAUAGUUACUCUGUUGUCAUAUUUCACUAUUAACGAACAAAAGUCGACACUGUUAUGCAGGUAUUUCUUUGUUAUUAUGAUGUAGUGGAUUAAUGACAUUAGUAAAUACUAUUACCAUGAUUAGUGUUACGGUAUUCUCUCGUCGUUAAUAAAAUUGAGUAAACAUACUAACCAUAGAUACUAACUACAUUUUGACAUCGUGGGUCAAUAACCAAAAAUAGUAAAUAUUGUUACCAUAGUUAAUUGUAAAUCCUUUGUUAUUGAAUUAUUAAAGAACUGUUUUUGGUUGUAGGAGAUAAUUGUGUUACAGUUUUACUAACUGCAUCAGUGUGUGUGGAACUUAAAUUGAAAGUGUUUGUGUUUUUUUAAGGUUAAGCUUGCAUUUGUGGGUAUGUUUUUCGAGUGUAUUUUUUAAGUAACUGUUUUUUAUAUAUGUUUUUUCCUAAUAACGUGUACUUUAUAGGAAUUGUUUCAGGAUGCCUGAAAAUGUACCAUUCGAAUUUGUUUAAAUAUGCGAGGUUAUAUAUAUAUAUAUGCCUCGGGUUCUACCUUAGUUAAUUUUUCCGAAUUGUUUUUAUUCUUAACCAUCUUGUCUGUUUGGAAAUGAUUUGUAUGGUGGAUAUCUUUAUUACGAUCACCAAAUAUCUGAAUAAGUGCGAAAUUACUUGUGCUAAAAUUAGCAUUUACAUUCAUGGAAAAUUAAAUAUCCCUUUUAAAUAUAUUCCACAUGUACAAAAUGUUACAUACCUCAUAUAUAACCACUGUUAUGGUUAUCUUUUAUUAGAUUUCUGGUUUAAAAAGUUAUGAUCUAAAACCGAUUGUUGGGAAUUUAAUCUAGGCUUAACCAAGUAGGCAUCUGUAACUCGCGGCCAGUCCGAAAUACCUCAAAUUAAAAUCACUUAUUCUGUUUGUUUUAUGGCAUAUGUUAACUUUAAGUUACUCUUUUAAUGUCUUAUAAUUUGUCCUUCUUUCUUAGUAUUAGGGUUAAUCGUAUUUAAAUUUUAAAGAAAUCUAUGUAUUGUUUGUUCCCAAAACUACGUGCAAAUCAAUUAUUUUAAAAAUACUGAUUUUUGCAUUCUAUGUAUUUUUCAUUGAUAUUUAAUAUAUUACUCGAAGUGGGGACGGUUUCGGUAUUGAAAAUCUGCGUGAAGUUUAAUUAUUCGAUUUUAUUACAUAUUUUAGAAGUUGUAAAAUUAUAAAUAACUUUUGUGGGAAAAAAAAAAACCUUUAUAAAAUGAUGUUAAGGAAGGCCCAUGCCCACAUGUUUCGACAGGAAGAUCAAAUGACUUGUUUAAGAUAUUUUAAAAAAACGCUAAAUAUUGCACAGAUGUUUUAAAAUGUAGAACAAUUUGGUCGAAGCCCUGAAAAAAGUUAAGACCGAGGUAUUUCAUCCUUCUAGACCUAAGGAUAAGGGGAAAUUCGAACCAGAUAUUUCUUCAAACUAAUAUCCUACUAAUGUCCAUUCUUCCGAGGAACAAAAUCCCUGAACAAGGCUUGUUGAUAUCGUUUUAAACUAUCGAAGAAUUUUAAAAUUUCAGGUCAAGUUAUAGCGACUACACCGAUACGGCGGAGAAUAAUAGUUAAAAACUGAAUUAUUAAGCAUUUAGUUUCUGGUAUGAAGAAAUAUAUAAGAGCAUCGUAUCCCCAAAUUAAGAAAAUACAUGUACUUUACGUAAAAAUGUUAUUUGUAAAGUAGUAGAAUAGGCCCAACUAAACGAUAGAAAAUACUUUUUAAUAGAUGUUCUUAAGCCUAACAAAAAGGAAAUUUAACGGGUUCAUUUACUAGAGAAAUGGCCCUGUUAUUAAAGUUACCUUGUUUGUUAAAAAAAUAUAUAUAUAAAGCUGUUUCAAUUUAUGCAGCAUAUUUUAAUUUUGGAAAUUAUGGGUUAUUUAUUGUGUUCUAAUUACGGUGCAGUGUAAUAGGCUGGAAUUUUUGCGUUUGAUGUGACAAUCUUUUUGCUAUUGUUUCUUUCCUCAGCGUUUAAUGAAUGGUGUGAAAUGGGGAAAUUUGCAAUAAAACUGCGUUUCUCUGCAGCAAGUGUACUUUCUUGAAUGACGUUUAUUAUUUUGUUUUUCAUUAUAACAUCACUGUGUUUUAGGGCGUCACCAGUAACACUUAAAGCUGAUUCUGGAGAUGUAACUAAAUCCUUCUGAGUAAAUGAUAGGAUGUCAAUGUGAAAACUGGCGUGUAUUGGACUUGUUGUGACAUGUGCAGAUCCAGUAAAAGUCGGUGGAGAAUAAGAUUAAUACCCAAAGUGUUUUAAACACACCACAAAUGCAGGGAAUAACCAUAGUGAAUAAACAAGAAUCUUACAAGGCUCAAAGAAAAAACUAUAGAAGAGAAAAGAAACGAGUAGCAAAGGAAUUAUUAAGUACCUUGCGUGACCCAUCCAUUGUCAUUCUAGCUGAUUGGCUUAAAGUAAGAGGGACCUUAAAAGGAUGGACUAAACUGUGGUGUGUCCUUAAACCUGGACUUCUGCUUCUCUAUAAAAGUCCAAAAACUCACAAAAGCAGCCAGUGGGUAGGAACAGUGAUGUUGAAUGCUUGUGAACUUAUUCAGCGUCCGUCAAAGAAGGAUGGGUUUUGUUUCAAACUUUACCACCCGUUAGAAUACUCUAUUUGGGGAUCCAGGCAGACUUGUUCAUCAACCAAUAAACAUUCAGGUUUCAAAUCCGGUUAUUGUUUUGCAAAAAUAGAAGCUAAAAAAGAACUUAAAGAAAAGUACCAUAAAUUGAAAAAGAUAAAGGUUCUCAACGAUGAGGAGAUGCAGUUUUUACUGCAUGUAUCUUUUUCUUACAACAAAAGUGGCAGUCUUUCGGCGGAAUCAGCAGUUGACGAAGCUGAUGCUUCGAUUGCUAUGCCUCUGAUGGAAUCAGUGUACAAAACAAGAUGGCCUCCGAUUGAACCAGCUCUUCUUGAUUCUGUCUUGUGGAAUAAUCUUGAAGAUGAUGUCCACACAGAUGAGAAUCGAGAAGGUAUUGACACACACAGUGUACAUUCCACAGAGUCUGACUCGGAUAUCAAUCCAGUUGAAGAAAAUCCAGAUAGGGAACCAAUAGAAACUGUGUAUGUUGAAAAUGGAAACGAGGAGUUUGGAACUGUUGGAGAUGCUGGCCAAACUGAAGAGGUAGAAGAUGAGAAUAAAAGUUUGAUUUGGAGUCUAGUCAAACAGUCCAGUGCUGUACAAGACGAUGAUCCGUUCACAAGAAUGAAGACUGUUAUACAGUGGUACUUAUCUGGUUUCUACAAGAAACCCAAGGGAUUGAAAAAGCCUUAUAAUCCUAUUCUUGGUGAAACAUUCCGAUGUUGCUGGAAAAAUACUGAAAGAGACAGUCGAACUUUCUACAUUGCUGAACAGGUAUCACAUCAUCCACCUGUUUCGGCAUUUUAUGUCACAAAUAGGAAGGAUGGAUUUUGUAUUAGUGGUAGCAUUUUAGCCAAGUCUAAGUUCUAUGGGAAUUCGUUAUCAGCCAUACUAGAUGGUACGGCCUGUUUAACGCUAUUAACCCGUGGAGAAGACUACUUAAUAACUAUGCCAUAUGCUCAUUGCAAAGGCAUUCUGGUAGGGACUCUAACCAUGGAACUGGGUGGUAAGGUCACAAUUACAUGUGAAAAAACUGGUUAUCAAACAGAACUGGAGUUUAAACUGAGACCAUUUCUAGGUGGGCCAGAGCUUUGUAAUUUGGUUUCAGGUAAAAUUAAGCUAGGAAAGGAGACGCUGGCUACAAUUGAGGGCCACUGGGAUGCCGUAAUCUACUUCAAGGACAACAGAAUAGAGGAGGAACAUAUUUUAUGGAACCCUACGCCAGAGGUUCGAGCAAGACGUUUAACUAGGUAUACUGUACCCUUGGAACUUCAAGACAACUAUGAAUCUGAAAGGUUAUGGCAUAAAGUAUCUGAAGCUAUUGCUCAGGGUGACCAAAUGGCAGCAACCGAAGAGAAGACCGUACUUGAAAAGGCUCAACGGCAGGCUGCAAAAGAAAAACAAAUAAAGAUGGAAAAAUGGUGUCCACGCAAUUUCUUUAAAGACGUAAUCACAGGAGAGUGGAUUUAUAAAUAUGCCGACUUAAGGCCGUGGGAUCUAAGGAACGACGUAGUUCAGUAUGAACAGGAUUUUAUUAUUCAGACUAAGACACGUCACAAAACACCAGUUGAUAUUGACAAUCCAUCUAAAGGAGAGAAGCUAUCUGUAGAACAUCUACUCUCUGUUCAUAACUCUGCCCGUCUUAUGCAGAAAGGUAGCCACCAUAGGAGACGGUUGACAUCACGAGGAACUGAGAGCUCAUCUCUUGAUGGAGAAGUUGUUCAAGGUAGUGAUUCUACUGAGAGCGAUGUGGCCCCUUUGGAUAGUGUACAAAGGGCUUUUAAGUCAACUAUCACUCUGGCAAUGCUACAAGAGUCACUGGAACCAAUUAAACACUUACAGAAAGGAUCUAAUCAAACCUUACAGGCCAUCCAACGUGACCUGGAAAUUGUCAUGGCACAGUACUGCAGAAUUCAACAACAACUAGCUCAAAGAAGUGAUUUGACUAUUGUUGCCUCAGUUUUAUUAAUUCAGCUUGUAAUUCAUUGUUUUCUUCGCUGGAUCUCUUGAUGAGUUACCCAAGAAACUUGCGAUAAUAAAGGUCACAAGGAAUUUGCAGUCCUUAACCUGUUUAUAACAAUGCCAAAGUUGAGUGCUUGACCUCAGUGUGUGUUUGCUAUUUAGAAGCAACGUUGAUACCAAAUAAUUUAAUUUAAGCUUUCGUUUCAAGGGGAAGAUAUGAAUUGCUUUACAGAGGUCAAUUUCACAGACCGUUGUUCGAACACAAAGGAAAUGCCGUUAGAUAAUUACUGGAGAGAUUUCUUCUCCUUUGUUCGUUAAAUUUAAGCCGGCUGUUUGAUCUAAAUAUUGAAAGAAAGAAUAAUAUACUUUCUAUCUUUUUUUCUGUUGAACUUGCGGUUAACAUUCAUUGCCAGAGAAAUUUUUAUUACAUGCAUUUUUCAUCAUCUACUAGCCAUGAUGUUAGCUGUAUAAAAUAUUCUAAAAGGUCUAUAAUUUUUUUAAUCCAGCUAUUCAACACUCUUCAUAAUUUAGAAUUAUAACCUUUAUAGAUUAUUCUUCUUGCUAGAGCUCUGCAAUUUGCAGACGUGUCAAAUGAAUACGUUGAAAAUGGUAAAAAACUCAACAAAUGUGGUUAAUACGAAAGACAGUGAGUUAAGUUUGUAUAGUAUUUAAACAUUAAAUUUAGAUAUAAGCUUUUCCUGUGGUAUUUAUUUAUUAAUUGCUUAAAAAUAAUCAAAUAAAGCUUAUUUGUCGACUUGUGGUAAUAACUUCAUUCUUGAGGGAAAAACAAUAUUGAUGAAUUGUGUUAAAUAUAGAGCUCACAUCUAAAAUGGACCCAUUAAGCAGCUUAGAGUAACAGUGUUUGGUAAAGAUUUAGUGUUAUUAUAUAUUAUACAAUAUUUGUGGGUAAUUUUUUUAUGUUACUGAAUACAAUAAAAGUUAUAAGUUUUUAUUUCAGUUGAUUUAUAUAAAAUGCCACCUUUUAAAGCAGACAGAUUUAAGUUCUUCCCCAGAUUUUAUGUGUGAUCAGUAUCUCGGCACCCAAAUUUAAACAGAAUUCUACACCAGAUUUUAUGUGUGAUCAGUAUCUCAGCACCCAAGUUUAAACAGAAUUCUUCACCAGAUUUGACGAGUGAUCAGUAUCUCGGCACACAAUUUUAAAACAGAGUUCUUUACCAGAUUUUAUGUGUGAUCAGUAUCUCAGCACCCAAGUUUAACAGAGUUCUUUACCAGGUUUUAUGUGUGAUCAGUAUCUCAGCACCCAAGUUUAAGCAGAGUUCUUCACCAGAUUUGACGAGUGAUCAGUAUCUCAGCACCCAAUUUUAAAACAGAGUUCUUCACCAGAUUUGAUGUGUUAUCAACAUCUUGGCACACAAUCUUAAAACAAAGUUCUUUACCAGAUUUUAUGUGUGAUCAGUAUCUCGGCACCCAAGUUUAAACAGAAUUCUUCACCAGAUUUGAUGUGUGAUCAGUAUCUCGGCACCCAAGUUUAAACAGAAUUCUUCACCAGAUUUGAUGUGUGAUCAGUAUCUCGGCAUCCAAGUUUAAACAGAAUUCUUCACCAGAUUUGAUGUGUGAUCAGUAUCUCAGCACCCAAGUUUAAGCAGAGUUCUUCACCAGAUUUGAUGAGUGAUCAGUAUCUCAGCACCCAAAUUUUAAAACGGAGUUCUUCACCAGAUUUGAUGUGUUAUCAACAUCUUGGCACACAAUCUUAAAACAAAGUUCUUUACCAGAUUUUAUGUGUAAUCAGUACCUUGGCAUACAAGUUUAAAAUAGUUUUAUCAUUUGUUUUUUAACCUAAAUCAGUUGAGUGUAAAAUUAAGAACACAUUUUUGCCCAAUAGAUGUCUCUUUUUAAAGUCCUCACUCUUUGCAGUUUUGUUCUUAAUAUCUGUUUUAACUAACAAUAUAAAAAUACAUUAGGAUGAUCUCAAAAAU